AUUCUCCAGGGGAAAUGAUUGUUUCUUUAAAGGUUAUGACUCAGUUGUUUCAUUUUUGGGGCUCUUAUUUUGUAGCCAGAUGCUGGUGAGUGUCUCUUAUCUGUCUCAGGAACAGGAAACACCUCCUCUUCAACACGCGUUUGGACUGUUGGAGGCUGGUCCUCCUCCUCCUCCUCCUCCUCCAGAGGAUGUCAGGGAGUGGAUCAUAGUGGAAGCUGCUCUUUCUCCGGCUCCAGCAGCUACAUCAGCUCCUCUGUUACAAACACCAACAGUGACUCUCUCCUUCUCGUCAAAGUUAUGGGAUUUCAUCUCAUGUUUGCCUGACACACCAGAUCUGAACUUUUUUGCUUUUCAUGGGAAACUUUUAUUCAGCUCUCGUCCGAACAAGGAUUAGUCAUUGGUGGACGGUCCAGGAGUUCAGCGUGUUAGAAAAAGUUCUGGAGAUGGUAGAUAUCUGAAACCACGGUGAACCAGGAUGGAGCCAAUAAAGAGAGACAUGGAGCUGCUCAGUAACAGCAUGGCGACAUACGCUCACAUUAAAGCCAAUCCUGAGAGCUUCGCCCUCUACUUCAUGAUGGGCGUCUGUUUCGGCCUCUUAAUGGCGCUGUGCCUCCUGGUGGCCGGCAUCGCCUGCAGGACUCGUCGCCCUCGCAGGCCUCCACCUUCCCCUGAAAGAAGACAGCUGAAGGAGUCCAGUGAGGAAGAGGAGGACGAGGAGGAGGAGAGUAUGGGGGAGGAAGAUGUGGAGGAGACGGAGAUCCCUAAAGUGACCGCGGGGCCCCUGAGUGAUCGCAGCAGCCAAUCUAACGGGACUCUGAGGAGCGUGAAUGUGUUCGCAUCGGCUGAGGAGCUGGAGAAGGCUCGGCGCCUGGAGGAGAGGGAGCGAAUCGUCAGGGAGAUCUGGAGGAACGGACAACCGGACAUCCUGGUCACAGGGACGGGGACUAUUGGACGAGUGCAUUACCACUAACAGACACUUUAACCAUCUCACAGACUGCAAAGGGCGGGACACUGACCACACAGCACAAUGGAAGGAAACAUUUUCAUCACAAUUUGUAUAAUGGGACAGUGUCAAAAUCUUAAAAUAAGGGACUGUCUGAAAACAUGGCAUGGUCACGUUUAAACGAAAUGAAGGUUGAACUUUUCUUUUCCAAUAAUAGUUAUGAUACAUGAACUAAAAUAACACUUGGAGAGUCCCUCAGAAAUAUUUUGAAUGAGUAUAGUGAUGAAUAAACACAGACAAAAUACCCUUCAUAUUUUCAAAACAUUGCCAAAUGUGUUCAGGACAGCUUUAAGUAAAUUUAGCCAUUAAAUAAAAAAUCAAAUCUUUUAAAUGUCUGUAUUUAUUCAUGAAAAUAUUUAUUUCAUGAUGUCAUAGAUAAUUGGAUAUACACUUCACGCUGUAAUGCUGUUGGGAUUGAUUUCUUGUGAUGUCGUUUCUGAACGUGCAUCAGACUUGGAUUCAUCUGUAAUUAAUCAUCUUUGUCAUAUCUGUCUAUUAAAUUAAAGUUGAACCACCUUUUGAA